UGUGAUCUCUUCAGAAAUCGAUUGUUGUUCAUUAGUUAUAUUGGUUAUUAGUUUAACUAUAAUUUACGCGUAAUAAUCAGAGAAGAUGAAACCGAAGAAAUCAUUCGCUGGUAUCACCUCCUUGCAAAAGUGCAUUAUCCCGCCCUGUCAAAAUCGCUGCGGAUACCCGAAGCAAGCGAUUUCGUUUUUCACUGUCCCUCCAACGGCCAAUAAGGUGUACACUAAAUGGAGCAAUAUCGUCAAUUUGUCCGGAAAGCGAACAGAGAAAAUAUGCGAAGAACACUUCCGGGACUGUGAUUUUAUCAAAUUCGAACGGGUUAAACUCAAUGCCAACGCAGUACCCAGCCUCCGCAUUCCCGCCUAUUGCCUUCAGAAAAUUCUUUUCUACUACAAUGGGCUGUGCUGUGUUAAAGACUGCUCGGCACGAAGUCGCAAGGGUUUGGCACGUUUUCCACGUAAGCCGGUCCUCGUGCGAAAAUGGAAGGAAGUCUUCGGGCUGGAAGAGCACGUGAAUACCGCAAAGCUGUUCGUUUGUCCCCGUCACUUUGCGGAAAAGGAUUUUUUCAAAGCGUCGUCAAUGUAUCUGAAAACAAACGCUGUUCCAUCGAAGAAGUUAACUGACCAAGUCAGACCGCCGAAGCAAGAUCCCAUAGCGCAAAUCGCGGAUCAUAACUACAUAUGCCCUCCCGCAGAGAUGCCUCGCGGCUGUUUCAUUUCCGGAUGUCGUACGCACAAGGACUAUUAUGAACGAGGUGUGGCCAUGUUCUCGUACCCUCGGGACCCUGACCUGAUAAUAGCCUGGAACAUAGCAUGUUCACGGGAGCAAGGCUUCCGGCCACCCCGAUAUGCGUGCGUCUGUGAGAAGCACUUCAAUCCCAGUGAGAUUCACGAAAAGCUCUCCGGGCGGUGCAAGCUGCAGAGAGGUGCCGUUCCUACUCGCUUUCUCGAUGGCUGGAAACGGGGAGAUACAGACGCGAUGCUAGAUAGGAACGACGACUUUGGCGAUGAUCAUUUGAUGCCGACAGUGAACGAAGAACUGAAUCCAAAAAAUGAACACGAACCACCGAACGUUGAAGAGGUGUUCAUCAGCGAAGGGAACAUUAAGGAUACUAUCUCGGAAGUAGUAUCCAUAGUGGCAGACAUGUUCUGUCGUAUGUGUGGCAUUAAACACGAGAAGGACAAUAACUACAGCUUCAAAGACCUACGAAGCGAUCACAAGGCGGAUGCUUUGAUAAACGUCUGCCUCAUGGAUUGCGAAGGAUUGGAGGCAGCAGAAGCGAUAUGUCCAAACUGUUACCAUGAAGUCUGCACAAUCCUAGAUUUCCUUCAAAAGUGUCACGAAGGACAGCAAAGAUUGUUGGAACAGCUGAGUGAGCAAACCCAAAUUGCUAUACCCGAACCACCUCAAGACGAUCUAGGGGACAUCUCAGAUCCCAGCGAAGGUAAGUCGGACGGAGAGGAAGACAAUGAAGCAAAGCUAUCCGAUGGGGAAGACGAUGAUACGGAGGAGAUGAAAAAUUGUCGUAUGGAUCGAUACAUUGAUAGGCUGAUUGCUAAACUCAAAUCUGGAGGAAGAAAAUCUCGCACGUUGAUAAAAAACUGGGAAUGCCUAGACUGUCGGGAAGUGUUUCAGCAUCGAACUCAUCUGACGAAACAUCGUCACACGUGUCCGCUGGUCGGUAGCAAACUUUCUAAACGGCGUGGACCGUUUGUCUGCGAGCUGUGCGAUAAAGUGCUGAACACUUUACCGGGCUAUCGAUACCAUCUGAUGAAGAUGCACGACAAAGAGAAGAUCAGUAGCGGCGGCGACGUUGUAGAUGAGGCUCCGAAGGAAUUGCAAAUGCUGAAAUCUAACAAGAUCUUGGCUUGUCCUAUAUGUACGCAUACUUUCCGAACUGCCGGUGAGUUACGGUACCAUCUGCCCAGCCACAAGAGUACCAACCAGGACAAAUCUAGAACUUUGACACGUGAUCUUGGCAGCGGCGAACCAAUCAGGACGGUUGGCCAGUACAUGUGCAGCUUUUGCGGUAAGAUGGAACGAAGCAAUGCAGCCCUGGAGACACACAUGAAGUUCCACCUGAAGCAAAAGGAUUGGCCAUGUGAUCAAUGUGAUAAGCAGUAUUACACUAAGGCGGAUCUGAAGCAACACGUAAUGAUAGCUCAUGACAAAAUAACCUACACCUGUCAGGACUGCGGUACAGUGCUCAGCUCGAAAGCCACAUUCACUCGGCACAAACGACUGCACAACGAGUCACUGCUGAAGAGGUGCACGUAUUGUCCGAAGAAAUUCACCACCGCCAACGCUCUGAACAAGCAUGUCCACAGUCGACACCAGGGUUUGCAAAGACCUCGGCUGCAUGAAAUCGAGCUGCCGGAGAAGCUUGACGAGACUGAGGAAGAACAGGACACUCAAUGGGAAGAACUGGGUGAUGACCGAGAUGGCGAUGCGUUUGAGGAGAUUAUUGAAGAAGUCAUAAUGAGCGAGGGGUUAUUGGAUUUGGAGCCAAAGGAAGAGAUCAAGGAGGAUGAAUAUCUCUUCUAUGAAGAAGAUGCCGAGGAAGAUGCAUUUGUGUAA